AUGCUACAUGUUGAAUUUUCUAUUAAUGAUCUUGGAGAUCUUUAUUUUUUUCUUGGAGCUCGUAUUUAUCGAACUUUUGUAGGUUUUCAUCUUUGUCAAGCUAAGUAUGCUAGGGAUAUUCUUGAUCGAGCUGGUCUUAUUGGUUGCAAGCCAGUUGCUACUCUAGUAUCUUCUUCUACUUCUUUGGACUCUUCAGUUUCCUCUCCAGUUGAAAGCUCCCUUUAUCACAGUUUGGUUGGUGCUUUGCAUUAUCUAACAUUUACGCGACUAGAUAUUUCUUAUGUUGUUAAUAGUGUCAGUCAAUAUCUGCAAUCCCCUCAGCCUCAUCAUUUUUUAGCGGUCAAACGCAUUUUAAGGUAUGUUGCUGGUACAUUGCAUCACGGUCUUUUGUUACAUCCUUCAAAUUCUAUCUCAUUAGCUGCUUACAUUAAUUCUUCUAAGAAGCAACACACCGUGUUUCGCUCUAGCACAAAGGCCGAAUAUCGCGCCAUGGCAUACACUGUUGCUGAUACUCUUUGGGUUCAGCAGUUAUUGUGUGAUCUUCAUAUUUAUCUUCCGGACCCUCCUCUUGUUUGUUGUGACAAUAUUAGUGCAUUAUACUUGACUGUGAAUCCUAUCUACCAUUCACGGGCAAAGCAUUUAGCUAUUGAUUUCCAUUUUGUUCGUGAACAGGUUGCUUCUGGCUAUUUUGGUGCGGUAUUUACCAACCGAUCAACAAGUUGCUGA